ACUCUGGGCAAGAAGCUUUCAGUCCGAAUUAAGCGUCUGAAGAAAAAAGGCAGACGAGAGAAGAGAGAAAGAAAGAAAGAAAGAAUGGCCCCGCCGGCCGAGCGGACUUGAUCGAAGGUCCACCCAUCCUCCAAUGUCUUUAUGGUGCGGGAUUGUAUUUGUGGUCACCGCUAGCUUCUCGCUCAACGUGCUGUAUCACGACCUGUUCCCCAAUGGGCCGCGGAGCAACUCGAUGCCCAAGUGUUUGCUGGGCUCCAUCCACCAGCCCGUUAGAAACGGAGCCGUGUCCAGGGAUGUCAGUCUAGAGAUCGCCAGUCCUCCUCCGUUCACCCUCCACCGCCCGUUCACCGCGCUGUUGCCCGCUAAACAAGCCCUAGAAGUCCACGUGGAAGUAAAGCAAGAAGAACCCAGAACGGAACCAGAUCUGGAGCAAUGCAUGGAGACUGCCUUGGCCGUCAUGGAGACCGGAUUAACCAUCAUAGAAACAAGACUGUCAGUUGUGCAAACCAUUAAAAUAAUUCGAUUUUGGAUUAUUGAAGAGAUUGAAGACGAGGAUGUCAGUGAAGUCACCAGUCUGGGGGAACCUGAAGACAUGGCUGCAAUAGAUGAAUCUGCUCCAACAGAGACAGAGUUCCACACAGCCCAGCCCAAGUUUCCUUUCUACCAGGAACAUGAUGUGCUUAUCGUACUGGUGGCUCAUUUAACACUCGUCAUUGCCGUUCUACUGUUAGGCGGCAGGUGCUUGCAUGUACAAAAGGGUGUCACAUUCAGUGACGUUGACGUGGAUGAGCUGAUUGUCACUGUUGGUUUAGUCAGCUGCAUCACUGUUGCACUGUUUGCACUGUUGGGGGCCACCAUAAUUUUAUUCAUUCGUAUAUUGCUAACAAAGUUCCCGUAA